AUGUUUCUCGGGGGCGGGGGCACCUCGCCCGUGAGGAGCAGGCUCGGCGGCUCCGGCCUCCGUUCGCCGCCUCCGACUCGUGGGGGCGGCGGUAUGUUGUCAGGUGGUCCUGCGCGUGGAGAAUGGGACGGAAGAUGCGCGGUCAGCUCGUAUCGACGCGACUCUCGGAAGCGCCGAGAGGAAAUCCAACGGAGCCGAGCGAGGGGUUUGGGCGGCACGCACUCGGCACGACGAAGUUGCCCGGGAGCCCGGCUAUCUGCGACGGCCCGGCCGGGAACUGGCGGCGCCCGCGAUCGGCGGGCGCCGCCAUGGAUGGGUCGUAACGCGUCGCCAUCGCGCGCGUGCCUCCUCCGCGUCGGUCGCGCCCGUCACCCGACCGCUUUCGCGUUGGGCGUCGGGGGAAUUAAAUAA